GAAAGCAGCCGACAGGGCCUCGACAAGAGGCUACCUCUGCAGAGGAGAAAGACUAAAAAAAAAGAUAAGCGCAUUAUCUCGUUGGUCUUCCUUGAAUGAAAUCUUCUCUCCGUUUGAAUUGUGGACAAUCCGCAUUAUUUCUUAGAUUUUAGUCAGUGAUCAAAAGUGCUGUAUGUUCAUACAAGGAAAUGUUCGUACACUACACAGAAACAAUUCGUCAUAAAUUGACGUGUUUCUGAAGUACAUGCAUGUAUAUCGUCGGUUUCUGAGCAGAGAAUGUAUCGAUGGGUGAAAUUAUUAUUGAGAACAUUAAUUAGAAGCCUACUUGUUCGGAAAAAUUAUAACCAUGAAGUCAUCAUAUUGCGUGUCAAUGAUGUAUCUGGUAUCAAGUUAUUUUGCCUGGUCAGAUUGCUAUAUCCUUUCAUCAUUUCACUUGGUCAACGGUGGUUCGCCUAACGAAGGCCGUGUGGAGGCGACAGUAAUAGACGAAGAUGGUGAAGAGUUAAGAGGUGUUGUAGUAUCUAAUGACAGGUGGACAAUCGAUGAAGCUAACUGGGUAUGUGAAGAGCUUGAAUAUCGCCAUGCAGUAUUUCUACCUGAUGAUAACAGAUUUGGGAGAGGCCUACAAUCAGAUAUAUUCAGCAUUGACAACAGGACGUUAGUUCCUGAUUGUGAUUCAGAUGGCUUGGGCAACUGUAGCGAAAUUGAAGCAGCUGGCGUUGUGUGCCAAAAACCUGGAUAUUUAGGUUGCUUUCUGAUUCGCUCUUCUGAAUUGCCACACAUCAAUAUUUCAGAGACAAGUCAAGUAUUAACCAAUGAACAAUGUCUUGAUAUAUGUAUGGAUCUAUCGGCCUCAUUUGCUGCUCAAAGGGGUGAUACCUGUUACUGCUUGAACAACUUCACGAUUUCAUCCAAAGAGCGUGUCUGUAACACAAAAUGCACCGGAAAUCCAGAACAGUUUUGCGGAAGAAAACAGAGGGAUUCAUAUAUUGUAUUCAAUGUAUCUGUAGGAUUCUGCCCCGAGAUCUCCGACGUCAAUCUGAACGUGUAUGGAAGGUACCGAUUUGGUGACAUAGUGAGGGCGAAUUGUAGUGGUGGCAAACAGCUGAUGGGCGAUGAUGCCUUGCAAUGUGUGGGCGGUCCUGAUAUAUUUCAAUGGAAUGGUACAAUUCCUGCAUGUAUCGAUAUGAUUACGAUUCAACCAAGAAUGACAAGUGACCCUUCAACAGAUCAGACAAGAAAGACGUUGACACCUCACCUUCAUACAGAUACCACGAGCUUGAAUACUGUAACCAUGGUCAUUGACUCGGGCUCAUCUUCUAUCAUUGUUUUGGUAGUAGCACCCGCAGUGACCGUUGUUAGCAUUGUGGUACUGAUGGCAGCCUGUUUAGCAAUGUACUUCAUCAAAAAUAAAAGAAAGCAAUCUGCAAUGAAGCAAGAUGACACAAUAAGCUAUAAACCCAAAUCAGAUGUCUUGGUUCAUAAUACGAAGAACGUUUUAAUCAAUGAAGAUCCAAAUUACUACGAAGUUGUAAAGAAUUCUGCUCCUAAAAGCAGUGAUCUCGAUAAUGGUGUUACGGUUUUGUACGAAUCGGCCGAUGAUGUCCGAUCGGAGCCACAUCAAUACGAGCUCGAAUCGCCGAUUGAUACCCCUCAGCACGGACUCAUAGACAAUGUCCUUUACAAACCAUCAUGGAGAGAAGGAGACUCAAGUAUGAACAACUAUGAUGUCUUCGAAAUGGAAUCACAUUCCCAAGAUGAAACAUCACAUGAUCAACAUGCAUCCCUUAAAUCCCAACAGAUGAAGAUUGAUCUAACAUCGAAUAAACACGAGAAUUAUUUCUCAACCGAUAACAAGCUUUGCGAUGAACCAGAACGUUCAAAUAUGACUGAUAAUAGUCUUAACAACCCUACAGAUAAAUUGAACUUACAAACAGAUUCUUUAUCUCCAAACUAUUAUGAAAUAAAAUCAGAUCCCAUCGGUAGCCAUUACUCAGAAGUAAGCAGUCCUAUUGCGGACACUUGCCCGACAUAUCACGAUAUCCAGCCUCAACCUGCCAGUUCUCCACGACAAAUAGAGAUUGGUUCAACCCUGAUCGAAACUCCUGAUGACACAAGUCAUGAAGUCAGCAAAGAAAAUACAAUUUCUUCAAUACCCGAGUAUGCAACAGUCAACAAAACUGCUAGAUCGGAAAAACCAUCUGACAAACGUUCAGAAGCUAAUGAGCAAAACUGUACAUUGUCACGCCACGAUUCAGAAAUAGUGGGAUAGAUUUAGGUAUUCUUUUUCGGGUAAGUAAGAACAACCAACUUCUUGCCAACGGAUAAUUGUUUGGUCAGUUUUAACAUUUCUUUGGAGGUCAUAUUGGUAUAGUUGUCAGCCGGGACCUAGCAUAUAUCAUGCUUGCCGGAACAAUGCACCUUAACAUGAAUCCAUUGAAAAUUCCACAUCAUCUGCUUCAUCGGAAUCAAGUUUGAAAGCUUUAUCCCGAAACCCAAAUUUAUUAUUUCUGAAAAAAAAGCUAUAAGGACUGGGUAUAGGACAUCAGUUUGACAUUAUUUGACACCAUCAGUUCGUAAUUUUUGUAUAUUUUGUGUAAUCACCUAAAAUGAUUUAUAUUUCGUUCUACUAUUCCAGAUGUGGUAAAAAAAAAGUUGAUUAUAAUGUUAAACUAUAUCACUUAUUGUCAAAAUUUACUUAUUUUAUCCACACAUGCUCUAUGAAAAUGUGUACUUACAACGAAUCUAUAAUAAUAUAAACAAAAACAAAACAUAUUGCCAUAAUAAAUGUGAUUUUAUCUUUACAAUAUAGUUGGUUGGGUCAUGUGUUAUGAUAUAAUGGCUUCGUCAACGAGAUCUUCAAGCUUUAGAUCGAGUUGAAUACAACAUAACGCAUACUGUAUAUACGUGGAUAAAAAUUAAUGAAAAGUAUACUUUGUAAAGGCGGUAAAAACAAUUCAUACCCAUAAAAAUCUAACAUGGUAGACCGCGGAUGGUCACAGAGAUGCUACAGUUUACAAGACAGUCUACAUAGUCUUUGAAGGGCCUACUCUAUUCGCAGGUAAAAAUGAUGAGACGAAUGUCUUAAAAGAUUAUGAUUCGAUUAUUUAAAUAAAAGAGAUUAGUUACUUAGUUUGUGAUUAUAAGCUUCAAUAUUCUAGGUUCACUGCAAAUCGAAGGGUUGCCCCCAUCAGGAAUAUUGUGCUAUAUUUUGCCAUUUUAACCGGUGCUAGAUGGCUCAGUCACAUUUCUCCUACAUACUGCGAGUCUAAAACAGCCGUUUUAACAAUUUUUUAACCAGCUACGUAUAGGUGGUUCGAAUAAAAAUGAAUAAAAUGGCUGUUUCGACUCGCUGUACGGCCGCCGUAGGGGAAAUGUGACUGCGCCAUUAGUUUGACAUGGAUCCCCCCCCCAAGAAAAACAAGAAAAUUAAAAGAAAAACGAGGACUGAAGAAAAAAAAGAGGAGGAAGGAAGAGGAAGAAGACAAUUUGCCGAUUUCCUAUAACAUAAAUUUUAUAUUGUAAACUUUCAUCGUGAUACUGCCAUCUACAGUUGUUUCCAAGUUAACUGUUCGCGGGUUGGGCCAAUGAUAUUCAGAUCAGUGGGUUGGGCAUGAAAUAUGGAAUCUUCUAUAGAAGACAAUCUCUUUGUUAUCCGUUCGUUUAAUAUUCUAGAAACGUAAGAAAUAAAAUAGUUUUGACGUCAUGAAUAUUGUAAAAAAUAAAACUGGAGAGAAAGUGACCGAAAUAUUUA